UUAAUGUCUGAAAUUGUAGUUAGUGGAUGGAUCCAGUAGUGAACAGUGCUAAACAGUAGUCUCCUUAAGUAUACUACAAGUAGUUUUUACUAAAAUAGAGGUAGUACACUUAAGUGUACUUUUUAUAUAUGUUCUAUAUGUUGUAAACUUAAAAUUUUGCACUUUAGUCUGGAGAAGUAUUCCGUUAUACUUCCGAAACUGCGAGUAAAUUGUCUGCUAUAUAGUGUAUUUGCCGCUCUUGUACUUAUACUUAAGUAUACUUAACAAAAUAAACUUUAUGUGUCUUAUGUUUUGCUAUAUUUUAUCAUAAUUCAAAUUUCAUUGCAUUGUAAUGCAAUUUUAACACUAUUUUUCACCUUAGUCCAUGUUAGAAGUGACCCUUAUAAUGGGGGGUUGUGACCGUUCUCUGCAUCAUUUUUGUUUUGGUUGUUAAAAUAAGAAGCUGUAAUUUAAUAGUGAAAAUUUUACAAAUUAAACUGAUGAACUGUAAAUAAGAAGUCCUGCAUAAACUGUUGAGAGAAUGGAUAGAGAGCGGUUGACAGCCCCCUCCCACUAGCCCACCCCCUCUGGAAUCUGAUACGGGACUCUCUCAGCGUCAGUCCAGCUGGCUCUCCCUGCUCUGUUCUUCAAAUCCUGCAGACCAGUGCUGUGCCCCAAAAAAAUGGACGUGUUGGAAGUUCCAGCCAACCGACAGAAAGGAUGGUACCUUUCUCUGAUGGCGCCCAACACGAAAGGACCUGCGUUUGCUUGGUUAGACCCGUCAAGACUUUACUGUAACCCUCAGGCUCUUGCAGACUGUGUGAAAGACCUCCUCAGUCCAUUUGACAGCGACACCAUUGACCUGGUUGCUGGGAUUGAUGCAAUGGGAUUUAUUCUUGGAGCGUCUGUUGCCAGCACUCUUGGAAAAGGCUUCCUGGCUAUUCGCAAAGCGGGUCAUCUAUGCGUGGCAACCCAGAGCCAGAACUACACAGACUACACAGGCAGAGAAAAGACUAUGGAAGUAAGACUGGAUGUACUAAAACCAGGUGUGAGGGUGUUGUUAGUGGAUCAGUGGAUUGAGACAGGAGGAACCAUGAAAGCUGCCAUCCAACUGGUGGAGAGGCUGGGAGCCACAGUUGUAGGCGUGGCAGCAGUCGCCAUUGAAAACACGGAAGGAGGAAAGUGGGUCAAAGAAAACUACAAGUUCUCCCACUGCAUCCCCGAAGAGCUGCAGAGCCAAAUCGACCAGAAAUAUCUGAACUCCUUCAAAAGCUUUGACCAAUAGACCCAGAAUUUCUAAACUUUCGUUUUGUUUUUAAACUCUAAUGGACGCAAAGUUGAUCAGCACAAAAAAGUUAGAUAAAAUGAACUCCAUUUAGGAGCUUUUAAUAACUACCGGUUUGUAAUCAUUCACUUUUUUCUCCUGUAAUACCUCUUGGACAAAAUAAAUCAUAUUUCAGAGGCA